UUCAGUGGCCGCCGCCACCCGCAGCAGCCCUUCCCUUCCUUCCUUCCUUCCUCCCUUCCUUCCUGCCUCCCCUGGAAGGAUCAUCCAUCCGGCCACAUCAUGGCUGCCCCAGAUGAGCUCAAAUUUCACGAAUUUGAUGAGGCCAUGGAUUUGCUAUCGGAGAAUGCAGAUGCCACCACUCCUAGCAUUGGUGAGCGGCCAUGCCACACCGCCUUGGACAUGAGCUCCAGCUAUAACGAGGAGUGUGAGCCAGAGGAGGAGGAGGAUGAUAAAACUGAGCUCUUGAGUUUCCAGAAGAAGCAAUCCAAUUUCUGGACCUUCGAAUAUUACCAGGCUUUCUUUGAUGUUGACACAUAUCAGGUCCUGGACAGAAUAAAGGGUUCGUUGCUUCCAAUGCCAGGGAAGAACUUUAUAUGGCACAACUUGCGGAACAACCCUGACCUGUAUGGACCCUUUUGGAUAUGUGCCACCUUGGUCUUCACACUGGCUAUCAGUGGCAGUGUUUCCAACUUCCUGGAGAAAAUGAACAACUCCUCCUCGUACAGCCCCCAGUUCCACAAAGUAACUAUUGCAGGGAUAGUGAUCUACUGCUAUACCUGGCUGGUACCCGUUGGCCUGUGGGGCUACCUACAAUGGCGGAAGGGAGUUCACAUCAACACAGACUCCUACACCUUCCUGGAGAUGGUGUGCGUCUAUGGCUACUCACUGUUCGUGUACAUUCCCACUGCUAUUCUGUGGCUGAUCCCAAUACCGUGGCUUCAGUGGCUCCUGAUCGUAUUUGCCGUGGGCCUCUCGGGUUCAGUCCUGGUCCUUACUUUCUGGCCAGUUAUCCGCUCAGACACAAAGCCAGCUGCCUGUGCCAUAAUGGCUGUAAUUAUUUCUCUCCACGUCCUCCUGGCUAUUGGUUGCAAGUUGUAUUUCUUCCAGAAACCAAGUGCUAUUUCUCCCGCUGUUCACCCCACAUCAGCAGCCCCACAGAGCAGAAGCACACUCUCUCACCUGGCCAACAGCUCAAAUCAAAUAUGAAAGGGGAGCCGGCUUUGAACAUGAAUGUCUGGCCUCAGAGAAAGCCAACAGUGCAUCGCCACUGAAGUCAUCCACUGAAGAGGCAUGGAAACACCUCCGCCGGAACCGGGAAGCCAAGCAGCGUCAUGCUAUCAUUGCCGCACCCAUGCCACAGCCAGAGAACAUCAGCAUGGUGGCUGAUUUGGAAUGAAACCCACUCUUGGAAACCAGCCAAGAGGCCUGGCAGUUCAGAUCAUCAAGUGCUGCUUGGGGGGGAUAGAAGUUGCCUUUUGCACCUCUGUAGCCAGAGGGCCUGCAGCAGUGACAUGACUGAGGAAAGGGAACGCACAGAGUGAUUGUCUGUUAUGCCCCUUCUCGCUAAACUUAAGAUUUUUAUAAGGUCGGGAAGUAGUGGGGGAUACUUCGAUAAAUUUGUGCAUACCCUGCCAUUUGGGAUUAUCAGCAGUAGACAUAACAGCUUCUCUGAAUUUGUUUGAUUGAGGGGGGAGGAAGAUCACUUAAAGAUUUACUUUAUUUCAGCCAUUUGAUUUUGUUUUCUAUGCAAAGCUAAUUUAAAUUAAAUUAUUUGCAUUCUGA